GUGUGUAUAAAACGCUUCCCUUCAUCACAUCAAAAUUCAUUCGCUCUUCGUCACCGUGAGAACAAGAGGGAUCAGUUUUCCGACAACCCAUUCCUGAACUAUUGGUUGAGCAAAUCAGCAAAAGGGAGAACUAACUGCUAGCAGAGAAAAUGGCCAUGGUCAAUGGAGUGAAAUCAUGCGCAAAGCUGCUGAAGUCAUCAGAAUCAUUGUUGGUGAAAUCAGCUAAUAGAGGGUUUCACUCAACUGGUGUGAAGAGAAUGGGAGGACAUGCUCAUGGACAUGAUGAACCAUACUAUUUGCACGCCAAGCAUAUGUACAACUUGGACAGGAUGAAACAUCAGAAGCUGACCAUGACGCUUGCAGUACUCACUGCAUUCAGCAUUGGUGUGGGCGUUCCAAUCUUUGCAGUCGUCUUUCAGCAAAAGAAGACGGCCUCUGGAUGAUGAUUGAAAGAACGUGCGUCAAUUCGUCUUGCAGCCCGCAUCCUCUCGUUCGUUUUCUUAAUUCUGUAUAAACCCUCCUUUCAAAUGCACAGAAACUCAGAACCUGGAUUCUGUUUUUGCCAAUAAGUCUUUUCAUCAACAUCCCAUUAUUGGAUAUUUUUGUUAAAUUAUGUUUGUUCCAAAGAUCUCUUUGAUCAUUUAGAUUUCUCUCCCU